ACGACACCUUGUUGUCUCCUACUUCUAACACGCUUCCGACGCCUGCUUAACCAGUCCUUCGGUGCCCUCUGCACGUGGUUGUUGGUUCCUUGCAUUUCGUUUGGCAUGUCUUCGUAUCAGAACAUGGAGGCUGGAGGCGUGGAGAAGGGUCCGCAUACAGAGCUGCAGACAGCUCUUCCGCGACCGCAGAGCUACGACGACGAAGAUGCGGGUGAUACCUAUCAUGAUUCUAUCAAAGGACAUACGAAGAAUGAUCAACUGAACAUGUCGCGCAUGGGCAAGGUCCAGGAGCUACGAAGAAACUAUCGGCCGUUGUCUGCUCUAGCCUUUACGGUCAUUAUCCAAGGCACAUGGGAGGUUCUAAUGACUGCGACUUACCAAGGUCUCGUCGAUGGAGGUCCUGCAGGUCUCAUCUGGUCAUACAUCUGGACCUUCUUUGGAUUCUUCUUCGUCAUGGCCUCGUUGGCUGAGAUGGCUUCGAUGGCACCUACCGCGGGUGGGCAGUACCACUGGGUUUCCGAAUUCUCGCCUCCGAGCAUUCAGAAGCCUGUGAGCUAUUUCAUCGGCUGGAUGUCCACGCUAUCUUGGCAAGCCGGCACCGCCUCGGGCCCCUUCCUCGUAGGGACGCUUAUCCAAGCCUGUGCCAUCGUCAUGUAUCCCACCUACGAACCCACAAACUGGCAAGGCACUCUGAUGGUCAUUGCGGUCACGAUCCUUGUCUGGGUCUUGAACAUUUGGGGUUCCAAGGCAAUGCCGGUAUUCCAAAACAUCAUGCUGAUGGUACACGUCUUCGGGUUCUUGGUCAUCAUCAUUGUGCUUUGGGUGCUCUCGCCUAGGGCUACGGCUAAGGUUACAUUCACUCAAUUCACGAAUGGUGGUGGCUGGAACUCUAUGGGUCUGGCUUUGAUGGUUGGGCAGAUUUCAGCGAUCUAUGCUUGCAUCUGCUCUGACGCUACCGCCCACAUGGCUGAAGAAGUCAAAGACGCGGGCAAGACCGUGCCUCGCGCUAUGCUUGGAAGCUACCUUCUCAACGGCGCUCUCGGCCUCGUCUUCCUCGUCUCGUACAUGUUCAUGAUGACAGAUGUGGAGACGGCUCUCGAGGAUGCCACGGGCUAUCCGCACAUCUGGGUCUUCAACCAGCUGCGCAACGUAUCCCCCGGUGGCGUCGUCGCGCUCAACGUCAUUCCUACAGUCCUCAUCUUCGCGGGUACGCUAAGCUUCAACCUGUCUACUUCGCGACAGACGUGGGCUUUGGCGCGAGACAAGGGGUUGCCGUUUAGCGGAUGGAUCGGCAAGGUCGACCCGAAGCUGCAUGUUCCGGCCAAUGCUGUUACGGUGACUUGCAUCAUUACCGUCGCGCUGUCGCUCAUCAACAUCGGAUCAGACGUCGCUUUCAACGCAAUUAUCUCCCUCAACGUCGUCUCGCUCAUGAUCACCUACGUAUUCAGCAUCGGCGCUGUCCUGUACCGGCGCAUCUACCACCCCGAGCUGCUCCCGCGCUGCCGCUGGUCGCUCGGCCGCUGGGGCGUACCCAUCAACACAUUUGGCCUGCUCUAUGCUCUGCACGCUUUCUUCUGGAGCUUCUGGCCUAAUGCGACGCCGGUGACGAAGGAGGACUUUAACUGGGCGGUUGUUAUGUUUGUGGGCGUAGGUGUGUUGUGUAUGAUGGAUUAUGUGGUCAGGGGGAGGAAGCAGUAUAAGGGUCCGGUUGUGUUGGUGGAGGGAUGGAAAGGGGAGUAAAGGAGUGGAAUGAGUGAGAGGAGAUAGGCUGGAGUAGUGUAU